UGAAAGACUUAUGGUGUUGGUGUGUUACUACUUAGUAGAAAGCACCAUAUGCAGUUGCAGUUGCAGACGAAGAUGAAAUGCCAGAAGAUGAGUCUGCAACUAAAACUGAGAAAAGAAGCACUGGCCCAAUAUCUUUCUAAUUUUAUUUUGGUGCCGUAUUUUGUUUUAUUAAUAACCUUUCAUCUUGAUUUAUCGAGGGAGCGACGAAGGAGCAGAGUACCAGUUUGGGGAACAACGGUAGUGCCGAAAUGACCUGCGAGUGUUAUUUUGAUCCACAGUACGAGUAGCGCUUAUCAGUUUUCCUUUUUCUCGCAGCAUAUCCAUAUCGAGCGUACUAUUUUCUGAACCAACAUCCAAUCCGGGGGUGGACUUGUGCACGCAUCUGCGUGUGUGAGAAGGGGCGAGACAAAGGGCGAGCAAUCACCUAUUUUUCAAGGGCAACUACAAAGUAGACAGUGCUAGUACACGAUAGUCAUACAACCAUCACUCGUGUGCAUACUUCUACAAUAUUAUAACAACUGCGAUUCCUAUUCCGUGGAAUAAAACAGAAAGAAAUAACUCCUUCUCGUCCCCUACUGAUGCUCAAUUUUCGCACCCCAAAAUCGAU